AUUUGUGCUGUUUGUUAGAACUUGGUGGAGGCAUCUUCAUGUACAUACAGUUGUACUGAGAAUAUUCAGCAAGCCAAACAAACUGCCAGACCAUCAUCAGCAUGGAUACAAUGGAAAUUGAUGAUGACGCAUACAUAGACAGGAACCUCGUCAAACAAGCUUCAGUCCGUUAUGAUGCUUUGGCUGUUGAGAAAAAGCAGCUACAGAUCUCUGUCGGUAACCUGACUAAAGAAAAAGACCAACUGAAGCAAAGGUACAGUUCUGCGACGACUGAAAGAGAUGAGUUGAAGGCCAACUUUAACAGUGUGAAACACAAAAUGGACCAAUUGCAGGAAAGCUAUAAUGACACGCAUAGGAGUCUUGAGAACUUACAAACUGAUCACAAGAAUCUGAAAGCAACUAAAGACCAGCUAGAAAGCAAAAACAAUAACCUGGAAAGAGAAAAGAAUGCAUUACGAACUCUUUAUACUGCACUUGAAGCAAAAAGAGAUCAAUUAGUCAGCAAUUAUUCUUUACUGAAGAGGGACAAGGACCAGUUGCAGAACAGCCACAACACUUUAAAACAGGAGAGAAACCAAUUGCAGGAAAGCUAUAACGACAAGCGCACGAGUCUUGAGAAACUACAAACUGAUCACAAGAAUCUGAGAGCAACUAAAGACCAGCUACAGAGCAGAAACAAUAACCUGGAAAGAGAAAAGAAUGCAUUACGAACUCUUUAUACUGCACUUGUAGCAAAAAGAGAUCAGUUAGCCAGCAAUUAUUCUUUACUGAAGAGGGACAAGGACCAGUUGCAGAACAGCUACAAUACGCUGAGCUUACGCAAAAAUUACACAGAGCGCAGUUACAAUUCACUGUGGAAAGAUAACAGCCAACUCCAAACCAGGUAUAAUACUCUGAGAGUCGAAAAGGACCAGUUACAAGGAAACUACAGCGGUUUGACUGCAGAUAGAGAUCGGCUACGAAAGAACGUCGACAAGAUGACCGCCAAAGUGAAAGACAUGCGCUGUCAGGAACACUGGAAGAAGUUUGAUACAAGCUGUUAUUUCGUUUCAACCACGAAGAAAAACUGGACAGAAAGCAGACAAGCCUGUAUCACUGAGGGAGCAGAUCUGGUCGUCAUCAACAGUCAGAGUUGUUGGAAAACCAAACUGAGUGCUGCUAAAAAAGAAAACUGUUUCUCUGCUUUGUGGCACAUUAGGUACUGGCAGCCUGGGCAGCCCAACAGCUACAAUGGGAACCAGGACUGUGGAGAAGUUGUGCAGGAAUCAACUGCAAACGUGGGACAAUGGAACGAUGAUGGCUGCUUUGCUGAGCAGAUCUGGAUCUGUGAGAAAUAAGAUCACUAAAGGCGUGCUGGACUGUUCAGGGAUGAGCAACAUUGCUAAUUGUAAACAAUGUAAACAAUGAAUUGAUCCCAUAACAAGCAUUGUCUUGACGUCUCUGUGCCCCAGAGCUCAGUUUGUUCUAAGAAUCAUUCAAAACAUAUUUGUGUUGUUGCACUGGUUGACAUUUUCCUUCAUUACAACAACAAAGACACUGUAGUUUAUUCUGACUCAGUCCCACAUAUAUUAUCCUGCAGCAACACAGUGCGGCCUGUUCACCACAACACCGGCUGUGUAUUAAUGCACAGCUGGAAUAAAUAAUGAUUUACUCCUCUUUGACUAACAUUUGCUAACACUGUUUUAGAUAAUCAUUUAGCCUUUGUUAUUUUUUCCCAAUAAUAGUUUGAAUUCUUGAUGUGAUUUUAAAGACUAACAUAGUUCAUAGGAACCAGUGGGCUCAGAGCUGAGGGCC